AUGGAUCCAAGAAAUCCAAUUGUUCUGGAUCAAGGUACGGGUUUCGUUAAAAUCGGUCGAGCCGGAGAGAACUUUCCUGACUACACUUUUCCUUCAAUCGUGGGAAGACCGAUUUUGAGGGCUGAGGAGCGCGCCAAUGUAAGUACACCUUUGAAGGACAUUAUGAUUGGUGACGAGGCCAGCGCAGUCCGCUCAUACUUGCAAAUAUCGUAUCCAAUGGAAAACGGGAUAAUAAAAAACUGGGCUGACAUGGAACUACUUUGGGACUAUGCCUUUUACGACCAAAUGAAGCUUCCUUCAUUAUCGGGAGGCAAAAUAAUGCUCACGGAGCCCCCAAUGAAUCCCGUCAAAAACAGGGAACAGAUGUGUGAGGUAAUGUUUGAGAAAUACGACUUUGGAGCUGUCUACGUGGCAAUUCAGGCGGUGCUCGCACUGUAUGCACAAGGUUUGUCAUCCGGUGUGGUUGUAGACUCUGGUGAUGGUGUCACCCACAUUGUUCCAGUGUACGAAUCGGUGGUGCUCAACCAUUUAACCAGAAGACUGGAUGUGGCCGGAAGAGACGUUACAAGACAUUUGAUAGAUCUCCUCUCCAGAAGAGGUUACGCUUUCAACAGAAGUGCAGAUUUUGAGACAGUCCGCCAAAUUAAAGAAAAGUUAAGUUAUGUGUCAUACGAUCUGGAUCUGGAUACUAAGCUGGCCAGAGAAACUACCACUUUGGUCGAAAAUUACGAACUACCCGACGGAAGAGUCAUAAAAGUGGGAUCUGAAAGAUUUGAGGCGCCUGAAUGCUUAUUUCAACCAAACUUAGUUGACGUAGAGCAGCCAGGUGUAGGGGAAAUGUUAUUCAAUACAAUCCAAGCCGCUGACGUUGAUAUCAGAAGUGCGCUUUACAGAGCCAUAGUCCUUUCGGGGGGUUCAAGUAUGUACCCGGGAUUACCCUCAAGGUUAGAAAAGGAACUGAAGCAGCUCUGGUUCACCAGAGUUCUUCGCAACGACCCAUCCCGGCUAGAAAAGUUCAAAGUGAGAAUAGAAGAUCCUCCUAGAAGAAAGCACAUGGUUUUCAUAGGUGGUGCUGUACUUGCGAACAUUAUGGCCGACAAAGAUCACAUGUGGUUAACGAAGCAAGAUUGGCAAGAAAUGGGACCCGCAGCGAUGUCAAAAUUCGGUCCAAGAUAG